UGUUGCGAUUGCGACAGCGGAGUCACUUGCUCCUCCGACGACCUCCGACGAAGAAACACACGUCACUCGUAAUCCUAACCCACUCCGCCACCCCAAUCCCAUCGGAGAAGAUUCGCAGCCAGGUAGCUCGUCGUCGAUUGUUUCCUUCCAGGGGCUCCUUCUUCCGUCGCUGCAGGUACGGAGGAUAUGUGUAUGUGAAUGUGACAGUUCAUUUUGAGGAAGGAGAUACCCUUGUGUGACCAUAAUGGCAUUAGCUUCGGCCAGUAUGAUGUUUCCUCCCUCGAACAUUUCGCAUAAAGCCUGGGAGGACCCAUCGUUCUUCAAGUGGAGAAAGCGAGAGGCGCAUGUGCCAUUGCGCUCACAGGAUACGCUUGAAGGAGCCCUGAAGUAUUGGCAUGAACGGAGGAAUGUGAACUAUCUUAAUUCUGACGCUGCUGUCUGGAAUGAUGAUGCGGUUCGCGGUGCUCUAGAAAGUGCUGCUCUUUGGUCCAAGGGCUUACCAUACGCUGAAUCUCUAAGUGGAUACUGGAAAUUCCUUUUAGCUCCUUCACCUGAAAGUGUUCCGGAGAAAUUCUAUGAUGCUCAUUUUGACGAUUCAAAUUGGGAGGCUUUGCCAGUUCCGUCAAAUUGGCAAAUGCAUGGGUUUGACCGUCCAAUCUACACAAAUGUCACUUAUCCUUUCCCAAUGAACCCACCAUUUGUGCCUCCUGAAAAUCCCACGGGUUGUUACAGGACAGUUUUUCACAUCCCAAAAGAGUGGAAAGGUCGGAGGAUCUUGUUGCACUUUGAAGCUGUUGAUUCAGCAUUUUUUGCUUGGGUAAACGGUGUACCGAUCGGGUAUAGCCAGGACAGUAGGCUUCCUGCUGAGUUUGAAGUUACUGAUUGCUGCCACCCUUGUGAUUCAGACAAGGGAAAUGUUCUUGCUGUCCAAGUAAUGAGGUGGAGUGAUGGUUCUUACCUUGAAGAUCAGGACCACUGGUGGUUGUCUGGUAUUCACAGGGAUGUGAUACUACUAUCAAAGCCACAGAUUUUUAUUACAGAUUACUUCUUCAAAGCAACCUUGGAUGACAAUUUCCGUUUAGCUGAUAUUGAGGUUGAGGUGGAAAUUGAUUCACACAAGCAAGACCGGGAGCAAAUAUCAACUUUGUCAAUUGAAGCAACACUCUAUGAUAACUCUGGGUUGUCUGAGGGUUCAGAUGCAGAUCUUUCAUCUGCUAAUGUGGUAGAUUUGAAGCCGAAGCCAAAACCAAUACCAAACCCUUGCCUUGGUUUUCGUGGUUAUGUUCUUGCAGGGAAAAUAGAAAAUCCAAAACUUUGGUCUAGUGAACAUCCCAACUUAUACACUCUUGUUGUCCUCCUUAAAGAUGCCAAUGGGAAGCUUAUUGAGUGUGAAUCAUGCCAAGUAGGCAUUCGUAAUGUGGUCCUGGCACACAAGCAAAUGCUUGUUAAUGGAUAUCCUGUUGUACUAAGAGGUGUCAACAGACAUGAGCAUCAUCCCCGUGUUGGAAAGACAAAUAUAGAAGCAUGCAUGAUCAAGGAUCUGGUUUUGAUGAGACAAAACAACAUCAAUGCUGUUAGAAAUAGCCAUUACCCCCAACAUCCGAGGUGGUAUGAGUUAUGUGACAUUUUUGGUCUUUAUGUAGUGGAUGAAGCCAACAUUGAGACACAUGGCUUUGAUGAAAAUAGCCAUUUCAAACAUCCUACUCUAGAACCCAUCUGGGCAAAUGCUAUGCUUGAUCGUCUUGUUAGCAUGGUGGAGAGAGAUAAGAAUCAUGCAUGCAUUAUCAUUUGGUCCUUGGGAAAUGAAUCUUCAUAUGGGCCUAAUCAGGCUGCCAUGUCUGGGUGGCUUCGUGAAAGGGACUCGACUAGGCUCAUCCAUUACGAAGGAGGUGGCUCCAGAACAUCAUCCACAGAUAUCGUGUGCCCCAUGUAUAUGCGUAUCUGGGAUAUUGUUAAGAUAGCAAAAGACCCAUCUGAAAAGAGGCCCCUCAUUCUUUGCGAGUAUUCACAUGCUAUGGGAAACAGUAAUGGAAAUAUUGAUGCAUAUUGGGUGGCCAUAGACAACACUUUUGGACUCCAAGGAGGUUUUAUAUGGGACUGGGUCGAUCAGGGUUUACUAAAGGAGGGCGAGGAUGGAUCUAAAUUUUGGGCCUAUGGUGGUGACUUCGGAGAUAUUCCAAAUGACUUAAAUUUUUGCCUUAAUGGCAUUGUAUGGCCUGAUCGAACGAUUCACCCAGCUGUUCAUGAAGUUAAAUACCUUUACCAGCCUAUCAAAAUAUCAUUAACAGAUAACAUGAUUAAGAUUGAAAAUGUACAAUUUUUUGAGACAACAGAAGCUUUGGACUUCAAUUGGGUUCUUUAUGGAGAUGGUUGCAUCUUGGGCUCUGGUUUAUUCAAUGUUCCAACCCUAGCACCACAAACUAGUCAACUUAUCGACAUGGAAUCAUCACCGUGGUUUACUCUAUGGAGUACUUCUGCAGUGAAAGAAGUAUUUUUGUCUGUAAAUGUGAAACAGAGGUACCAAACACGAUGGGCUAAAGGCGGUCAUCUCUUGGCUUCAGCACAACUUUUUUUACCUCAGAAAAAUGGUUUUGUCCCUCAUGUGAUAUCAUUCUCCAGGAACCCUCUGAUCUCUGAACAUGUUGGGGAUAGUGUAAUCAUUAGCAAGAAUAAGGCUUGGCAAAUCAAAGUAAACAGUCAACUUGGAACAAUUGACAGUUGGAAGGUCAAUAAUGUAGAGCUUAUGAGCAAGGGAAUAUUUCCCUGCUUUUGGCGUGCACCAACAGACAAUGACAAAGGAGGCUUCUACACCAAGCCCUAUGCUUCAAAAUGGAGAGAAGCCUUCCUUGAUAACAUCUCGUUCUAUAGCAGUCAGUUUUCUGUGAAGGAAUUGCCGGACAAUACCAUCGAGUUCUCUACCGUCUACUAUGGCCUUCCUGGGCACUUACCGAGGCCCGAUGAUGCUGCUCUCUCAGAAGCUUCCGAAUCUGUACUUUUCCGGGUAAACAUGCUCAGCCGGAUAUACGAGUCAGGCGACGUGAUCCUUGAGUACGAGGUAAACCCCAAGAGCGAUCUUCCUCCCCUUCCCCGGGUCGGCAUCGUGUUCAACGCAGAGGAGUCCUUGAGCCAUGUCACAUGGUACGGGAGGGGCCCGUUCGAGUGCUACCCCGACCGCAAAGCCGCCGCGCACGUCAGCGUGUAUGAAAGCAGCGUCGAGGACCUACAUGUGCCGUACAUUGCCCCCGGCGAGUGCGGCGGCCGGGCGGACGUCAGGUGGAUGGCGCUUCGGAAUGCUGACGGCUUCGGCCUCUACGCUUCGGUUCACAGCGACACCGCGCCGAUGCAGAUGAGCGCUAGCUACUACGGCACGGCGGAGCUCGACAGAGGGACCCACAACCACAAGCUGGUGAAGGGAGAUGGCAUCGAGGUGCAUCUCGACCACAAGCACAUGGGGCUGGGCGGGGACGACAGCUGGUCGCCGUGCGUGCACGAGCAGUACCUGCUGCCGCCGACGCGCCACGCGUUCUCCAUGAGACUCUGCCCCGUGCUGCCGUCGUCGUCGUGCCAUGACAUCUACCGGUCUCAGCUCCCCAACUGACGAUCUGAUGUGCCGUGGCAGAGGUUCGUGGAGGGAGCAGUUGCGGCGGAUCAAACAAUAAUAACGCGAGACGCAUUCGCUCCUGCAAUGGCCGGGUUGUUGACCGCUUGGGAAUAAGCAAGGGUGCUUGCUGACUUGGUUUGGUUCUCUUGAUGUAACCGAAGUCUGUAUCUGUUUUUAUUUAAACGAAAUAAAAAAGUCUAGACUGGACA